UGUAGAUGCACAUUUGGGCAGAAUCACCCAAGUAAACUUCCCAGGUUGUCCAUUGCUAGUGCCAUCAUCCAUGGGAGGCUGGUAAGACACGCUUAUGUAACCUGCAGAAGUGUCCCAUCAUCCAUGUUUAUGUCACCAUCUUCUAUCCGUAAACAACACUGCCAUUUCUGCCCGCCCCUUGCAUUGUGACGGUAUCCAUCUCCAACCGCCUUUUUCCCUAGCCUCACCACAGAGGACAGCCGACCCUUUGACUAUGACCCGCCACACCGCCGAGUUCCUCCGCACUCGGAGCUCGAACCUGUCCCUGCGAUCCGCUUCAAUUGAGCAUUCAAUGGCCGGGCUACUGGCCAGUCUGCCGGAGCAGGCGUCCCAGUCGGCAUUGGGCGCCAGUGCAGCCGCUCGGGAGAGCAUCGAGGACAAGUUUCCCCAUUCGAGCAUCUUCGUCGCCAUGGGGAUGGAUGACCGGCCAGCGAGCCAAAACCUCGUCUGCACUACUUGCUCUUUGCGCCUGCACCCCGGCUUGCGCUUUGAGAGGACAGACGAGAUUGGCGCAUGCCAGCUCUGCGCUUACCGCCGAACUAAGCCUGAAGCUUUUACUAAGCCCUAUUGCGACUUCAUGACUGCGAACCCGACCAUCUUCCACACUGUUGAUCACUUCAAAGAGAAAUUGGAAUCUGUGGGCUACAAGGCGCUCCCAAGUCGAGACAGCUGGGCAGGCAAGCUGGAGCCUGGAGGAAAAUACUACGUGACCCGGAAUGGCAGUGCGAUCAUCGGAUUCUCGAUCGGCAAGGCAUACAAGCCCGGAAAUGGCAUCGCCAUGAUUGCAGGACAUAUUGAUGCUCUGACGGCGAGGCUCAAGCCCGUGAGCGCAAAGCCCAACAACAACGGAUAUGUGCAGCUGGGUGUUACCCAGUACGCUGGAGGCUUGAAUGAGACCUGGUGGGACCGGGACCUCAGCAUUGGUGGGAGGGUCAUCGUUCGAGACGAGGAGGCUGGGAAGACAACAGUGAAGCUUGUAAAGCUCGACUGGCCAAUUGCCCGCAUCCCGACGCUUGCCCCUCACUUCGGUAUCGGCAUGAUGGGCCGUAACAACAAGGAAACGGAAGCCGUUCCCAUUAUCGGACUUGACAACAGUGAUCUUGGGUCAUCCUCGGCCAAUCCGUCCGAAGCUCCUCUCGGAGGCGCUGGCUCCUUCACCGCAACCCAGCCACCAAGGCUUGUCAAGCUGAUUGCGGGAGAGUUGGGGAUCAAGGACUACUCGAGCAUCGUCAACUGGGAGCUCGAGCUCUUCGACUCGGCGCCCGCCACGGUCGGCGGCAUGGACAAGGAGUUCAUCUUUGCCGGCCGCAUCGACGACAAGCUCUGCUCGUGGGCGGCCUUCCAGGCCCUGCUCCUCACCGACUCGAAAGACGACGACGGGAUCAUCAAGCUCGUCGCGCUCUUCGACAACGAGGAGAUCGGCUCCCUCCUCCGGCAGGGCGCGCGGGGCAACUUCCUCCCGCUGACCGUCGAGCGCGCCGUCGAGGCGCUCUCAUCGGACGCGGGGACGUCCUUCGGGCCGGACGUCAUCGGCCAGACCUACGCGUCCAGCUUCCUGGUCUCGUCGGACGUGACCCACGCGGCGCACCCCAACUUCGGCCAGACCAACCUGGCGGGCCACUCGCCGCGGCUCAACGUCGGCGUGGCCCUCUGCGUCGACGGCUCGGGCCACAUGACGACCGACGCCGUGUCUAUCGCCAUCCUCGACCGCGUCGCCGCCCUCUCGGGCUGCGUCAACCAGCGCCACAUGAUCCGCAACGACAGCCGCUCCGGCGGCACCGUCGGCCCCAUGCUCAGCGCCGCCACGGGCGUGCGCGCCGCCGACGUGGGCAUCCCGCAGCUGAGCAUGCACAGCAUCCGCGCCACCACGGGGUCGCUGGACCCGGGCCUCGGCGUCAAGUUCUACAAGGCCUUCUUGGACCACUGGGAGACGGUGGAUGCCGAGUGGGUUGCUUGAGGGGGUUUUCCUGACGAGGUUGGGAAGGUGGUGACAUUUGCACUUGCCAUCUAUACAACGAUAUAAGCAUUCUAGAUCUCUGUAGAGCAGCCCUUUGGAUAUUGGGCUUUGUUGUCGCAUCUAUAAUGUAGUCGUAGAAGUCCCACAUGCAUUAGCUUAUACACAUAUUUUUGCUAA